AUGAAGAAGCAGAAUGUGCGGACUGUGUCCCUCAUCCUCUGCACCUUUACCUACCUGCUGGUGGGCGCCGCCGUUUUCGAUGCCCUCGAGUCGGACAACGAGAUGCGCGAGGAGGAGAAACUCAAAGCCGAGGAGACCCGGAUCAGAGGCAAGUACAACAUCACCAGCGAAGACUACCGGCAGCUGGAGCUGGUGAUCCUGCAGUCCGAGCCACACCGCGCUGGAGUCCAGUGGAAAUUCGCCGGGUCCUUCUACUUUGCCAUCACGGUCAUCACCACCAUAGGUUACGGUCACGCUGCUCCCGGUACCGACGCUGGCAAGGCCUUCUGCAUGUUCUACGCUGUGCUUGGCAUCCCGCUGACCCUGGUCAUGUUCCAGAGCCUGGGCGAGCGCAUGAACACCUGCGUGCGCUACCUGCUGAAGCGUCUUAAGAAGGUCUGCGGCCUGCGCAACACCGACGUGUCGAUGGAGAACAUGGUCACCGUGGGCUUCUUCUCCUGCAUGGGAACACUGUGCAUCGGGGCCGCCGCCUUCUCCCAGUGCGAAGACUGGAGCUUCUUCCACGCCUACUACUACUGUUUCAUCACCUUGACGACCAUCGGCUUCGGGGAUUACGUGGCCCUGCAAAGCAAGGGGGCGCUGCAGAAGAAGCCAGUCUAUGUGGCCUUUAGCUUCAUGUAUAUACUGGUAGGGCUGACAGUCAUCGGAGCCUUCCUCAACCUGGUGGUCCUCCGCUUCCUGACCAUGAACAGCGAGGAGGAGCAGCGGCGCGCCCUUGAGGAGGUUGGGUUCCGGUGCAGAAACCGAAACCGCAACCGCGACAGCACGGUCGUCGACGUCCCCGAGGACGACCAGCCGAGCUGGCGCAGGUACUGGCUGGACCUCGUGGAGCUGCUGUCUCUGUGCCCCUGCACGUGCUACCAGUCGCACCUGGACGGUAUUGACCCCUGUGAGGCGGAGGCAGAGCAGGAAGCCGCCGCCGCCACCGCCGCCGCCAGGGCCAGGCCCGCCCCGUCCAUCUCUUCCAGGAUCGAGGAGAUCUCACCAAGCGCAUUAAGGAGCAGCUUCUUUCCGUCUCCUCUUAGCUCCGUCUCUCCUGGGUUCCAGAGCUUUGCCGACCACCACAGGCUGAUGAGACGUCGGAGGUCGAUUUAA